UGCCGCGGCGACCUUUUUUUUAGGGGCCUUGGGGCCGCAGUGCAGCGGAGUACCAGCGCUGCCACUCCGUGCGCGGCGCCGUGAUAUAGAUGGACUUCCCCUGCAAGCUGAAGAACUGUACCCAAGCUGUGGUGAAUCAAUACCACCAUGUAGACGACUGGGGCGUCUCACAAAAGUCCGUGGAUCAAGAAAGGCAGAUGACAGAUGACCUGCUCUCGGUGUUGGCCAUCCUGAAAUCCAUGUGGUCGCUGGCCUCCAUUGGCUGCACGCGCAAGUGCAGCUAUGCGGUGGCUUGGCUGGUGUUCAUGGAAGUGAUUCAAGCUCUAUGCUUUGCCAUGAAACUCGUGGACUGGCCCAAGUUCUUCUUGCAUCAUCCACGGAAUGGGCGUGGAUGGAUGUGGACUGUGAUGCAAGCUUCCUCAUUACGGCGAUCUUGUCCGGCAUCACACUGGUCCAGUGUAUCGAUGAAGCCUUGAUGGUGCGGAAGGCGCUGCCCAUGCUGGUGAUCCUUGUAGCGUGGUGGGUCUGGCUUUCUCUGGGCGAAGACGACAGCUACUAUCGCGCUGUUCCCAUCUUGAGCCUCUUCAUCAGCUUGAUGUGUUUCUGCUCAGCUUGCUGUUGGAGCUGGGCCGCGCUCCACCGUGCCAAGAAUGGGGUCCCCUGUGCUGCUUGCUGCGGUCCCAGUGACGCCGAACCCAGAUAGCCCUGGGCGCCAACCAACAGAUGCGUUGGCUUUAUAAAUCUGUACAGCUCCAGUAAUCAAA